ACCUCCUCCGCAGUCCGCUCCGAUCCAUCCCGUGCUGCCGCACCAGCCCAAAUCCCAAACCAAACCCUAGCCAGCGCCCCAGAUCCCUCCCCGCGCCGCCCGCCGCCUCGCCAUGAGGAUCCGCAGGUCCGCCUCCCGCCUGCUCGGCUCCGCCUACUCCGGCCCCACCCCGCCCCAAUCCGACCUCCCGCCCCCGCCCCCGCCCCCGCCCCCGCCGCCGCCAGUGCAGGCUGUGCAGCAGCCCUGCUCCUCCAACGCCGGGGGCGGCGGGAUCUCGGCCGGAGGGACCUCCUCCGCGGAGCCGGAGCGCUGCGAGCUCAGCCAGUCGCCGUGGGAGCUCAUGGCCCAGCUCGACCCCUCCGAUCCCAAGGAGGCUGAACUCUUCAUGGGGAAAUACUUCGUCAGUGUCGCAUGCCGGACCAGCUGGCUCUUCCAGACCAGCAUACUUGCCGCCUGCAUCAAGGGGGAGGAGGAAGAGGACUGGAAGGAGGAGGACAUGGCCGGAGAUAUGGUUGACGAGGUCUCUGCCAAACGGCGGCAUAAGGUUGCCAAGAAGAAGGCUGCGAAAAAGACGGUCAUGGAAAACAGAGGGGAUGACAAGUUUGCAUGGGGGCUGAACAAGUCCACGGAAAUUCAGAGUGAGGAUGACGCCUUCGUGCCUGCCGGAGGAGGAGAACUUUGGGUGUGCAAGAAGAAUGACGGCAAGAGGAGGUUUUGCCGGCGGCCGGUGAGCCAGCCUGAUUCCCUUUGCGUGUAUCACUCGGAUCCUAAGUCUGCGAUGCCGCCGGCUUCAUCGGCAGCCCUCAAAUCCGCCAGCAGCUCCAAGCCACGUAAGAGGAGGCGUGUCGAUGCAGGUGAGGGGUACUUAUACUACGCCGGGUUCGGCCCGUCCCUCAGCAAGAGGCAGAGAUCAAGCAGCAAUGUGCUGGAAUCUGUACCUGCUGAAGAAAAGGAGGAGGCACUGCCUGAAGAGCAUACUGCAGGUCCAGCCCAAACUGAUGAUGCAGACCAUCAAGCGGCGUCAGCACACGUUGAUGAGCCUAGCUGCGAUGAGAUGGCUGGGAUUGCGGGCGGCGACGAGGAGAGCAGUGACGGCGCACUUGGCUGCAACGAUGAACCCCGGGUUGUUGGCAACGGCAACAUCAAGAAGAAGAGCCCAUUUAAGAAGAGGUGGAGGAAGCCUGUUAAAGCCCGCUCACUCAAGUCAUUGAUGUGUUAGCAUGCUUAUACCUGCACAUGCAUGUGCACUUGGGUCUCCAUGUUUAAUUCAGAAGCAUAUAUGACGAUUCAGGUAGAGCUUGGGAGCAUAUAUUGAGAUCAUGGAAGAUACCAACUCUAUGGAUGAAGAAUCCCAUGGUUUGCUUAAGCCCUUGUGAGGAAGGAGAUAGCUGACGGAACUGACAGAGAAACCGGCUGCUCAAAGGAAAUAUCAUUUGAGGCAAGCAACCAAACAGAAAGCCCACAGGUGGGGUUGUUCCAGCGAGUAUCGAUGGAGGUUUCCAUUGGGGACGGUGGCCUCUUUGGCGGGCAGCAAGCCUGGGGUACUGGACAACGUAUCAUUAACAUAUGAAGUUCUUUCCUCUGAACUUUAUUCUACCCGGGCAGGAGGAUGACAGCGAUCUCUUUCUCCUUUUGUGUCUGGUUCACUACCAUGUGAAGGAACCCAUAUGGUUCUGUAAUCAACAGAUAUAUUAACCUCCCAUUAUUUGGAGCGUUUUGGUGCUUCGAGGGUUAUGCGGUCGCUGAGGGCCCUACUUGUAAGGUUGCAUGCUUAGUUUUAUUUCUCCUUCUCUUUUUUUUACACAUUUUAAUUCAUGAGCACUUAUUAAUUUGAGAACAUUAAAAAGCAAAAAAUAAUUGCAGUUCACAUUUUGUAGGUUCAUUAAUAUUUAUUAUUUUCGUGGAUAUUAAAGUUUGUGAACAUUUUUAAAUUUUGAAAGCUAAGGUUGUGUGAUGUUUA